UACUACUCAGGUCCCCGUGCCUCACUUGAACGGAGGUUCAGCGCAUUCGAUCCAGCACGUUAUAAUUGGCGGAGUGACUAGGUUUCUAGCGAGAGAUGCAUUCAUUUCUCUCUCAUAUUCGAGGCCGAGGUAUUGGUAACCAUUCCGCUGCCGCUCUGCCUUUGCAACCAGAAAACUGCUGCAUCGUCCCGCCCACUCCUGCCCUCAGUUAUGGUGUGGGUUCAACCAUCGAAACAUCCCCAGCAGUGCGCCAUGGCAUAGACAAGAGGAUUCUCGAGAAUCCGAGUUCAUACUUGGACAUGGGUGAUUCAGAAUCUCUGCCUCGCAGCUUGACUCCCAGAACUCGGAGACACACUGUAGAUGUUAGUAGUUGGGGGCUUCGCAAUAUACUGCGGGCAAAACCCAUCUCUGAGAGUGUAUGCGAAGUGGAUAAACCUGGGUCAGACUCACCAGCUCAUGAAACCACUCUAAGCGAGUCAAAAUCAAUUGACCACCUAGCUGCACCUGGGGACUGGUCCACGUUUGGUCGCCGACGAGUGCGCAGCUCCCCAAUGGUACCAGGAUUUGCAGACGUCAGUCCCACCAAAGACACUACCAGACGAACGUCACAUUCUCCUUCGCUGAAGAGAAGUAACAGCAAUAAGAGUGGUGAAGGCCUCAGCUCGGCAGAAAGUUUGCACUCUAUCAUCAGCUCCCAUAGCGUGUCACGAUCCUCCAUAGCGCAUCGCGAUACAUUAGCACAAACAAGCAAUAGGGGAACGACAACUGUCAAUAAUCACACAAGCAGCUCAUCCAUCCAUUCCAAAUCAUCACCAACAGAUAUCGUGUCCUCUAGGCUGCAUCCACGAACACCCAAUAGACCACGAUCCAAUACGUCUCCGACAGCCCGCCCAACUCCAUACUUCACUACACCUAUCCUUCGCGAACUGGGAUUCGACUCUCCCGGAACAUUUGGCCAUCCGACACCCGAGAGCCGGUCCACGUUUACGUUUGCAUGUCCAUCGCCCCCACCCCCUCUGCCCCCCUUGAACCACCCGGCUUUGUCAUCCUACCUCAAGGACAAAAACGUUAAUAAUAUUACUCCCACAGCAUUAGGUUUCGCAUCGGACCGAUUCAACUCAUUUCCCAAACGCUCAUCACGGAUCCCGUCUGGCAUUGGUGAUGAUUUCUUCGUAUCGCUAUCAAUGAAAUUUGGCCGAUCUGUCCGACGUUCUGCAAGCCUCCCGAAGGUGCAGGAUGUCUUCCUUCCUUCCUCGGAAGAGCAGCCUGCUCCACAACGCCACCGUACGCGAACAAUAUCUGACAAAGCACGACUCCGUCGACGCAACAGUGCCUCUUGGAGUGCACAACAAGCUACAGAAGGUGUCAACUCAUCUUCAAACAAUGCAUGGCCCGCAGAGGUAUCGCGCGAAAUGCUGCGACUUUCGUUGGGUGAAGGACUUGACCUCGUCACCAAUUGGCCAUCUGUCCAAAGUGGUGUCCCGGGUCCGGGGUCCGAAACACGCGGUAGCAGCGUGGCGCAAUUUCCUAAUCAAGCGCCCAUAUCACGAUCAUUUUCUCCAUCACCUUCACCACUUCGACCACGCUCCCCAGCUCCCCAAGGUAAGUCCACUGCUUACGGCAUUCAGAUAUUGUUUUCUGCCACACAUUCCGAAUUCCGCAUCUUCUCUCUCUUUGUAUUCAUCCAUGUAUUUUCUUAUACGUUCACUUCAGUCCCUCGUUUCAGUCACUCACUCAUUUGUUGUAGGCGGGGAACGUGCAUCCCAGUCUCCAUCCCCAUCUUCAUCUCCAUCUCCCUCUCCAUCCGCUAACCUUCCUCCUCCGACCCACCGCCCAACAAGUUACGUGGACCCGCGCAUGUCUGCGAAUCCAAAUGGUACUCGCAUCGCUCCGGAUGGCGCCACCUCGCCAAAUUAUACUCCUUCGAGACUAAACGUACCUUGAUAAGAUCAAAGGCAAACGCAAAGCCGAAGACAUAGACACCACACCGC